UCGUCUCCUUCAAGAUCUACACAAUUUCUUCAGAAGCUCUGUUUCUGCAAAACAAUGGGAAAAGGAACAGGAAGUUUCGGUAAGAGGAGGAACAAGACUCAUACACUCUGUGUUAGAUGUGGACGUCGUAGUUUCCAUUUGCAGAAAAGCCGAUGUUCUGCCUGUGCUUUUCCCGCCGCCCGCAAGAGAACAUAUAACUGGAGUGUGAAGGCGAUUAGGAGAAAGACGACUGGAACAGGUCGUAUGAGGUAUCUUCGUAAUGUUCCUCGAAGAUUUAAGAGUGGAUUUAGAGAAGGCACUGAAGCAGCUCCAAGAAAGAAGGGAAUUGCUGGUUCUACUUGAUAAGUGAGAGGAAAGGUGAAAUUGUGGGUCUGUUUGUGAGGUUUUUUGGGUAUUGUUGUUAGUUCAUAAAUUGUCAGAACAUUGUGUUUUGGAUCUGGAAUAUCAAUUAUUGACAGUUUUAUUGCUAAAUUUUCUAUUAGAUUUUAAACUA